CACAAGAACAUGUUAACACUUGUCACUCGCCGCUGUCACCAAGCAACCGUCGUCGGCGUCCUUGAAUUCGCAAUGGAUUCUGGGAAACUGAGGCCGGAGUGUUGGACGACCGCCCUUUUUUUUCUUAGUGCGACGAGUCUAGAACAGAGCUUCAUGCGUCGAGGGGAAUAUUACUGCUGAAUAUCUCUCUGGAGCAGCGUAGCCAAACUCCAGAGAAGGAUCGGGUGAGCAAUGGCGGCUGAAGUGGAAGUGGAGUUGGAUGGAGGCAGUCAGUACCCAGCACAUUACAAAGUCAUGAUGGACAAACUUAAUGAACAACGACAGCUGGACCAGUUCACGGACAUUACUUUAAUCGUGGACGGACACCAGUUCAGAGCCCAUAAAGCGGUGUUGGCAGCAUGCAGUCAGUUUUUCCACAAGUUCUUCCAGGAUUUUACGCAGGAGCCACUGGUAGAGAUAGAAGGAGUGAGCAACACCGCCUUCAGCCAGCUGAUGGAGUUCACUUACACAGCCACACUAGCUGUAGCCGGUGAAGAGGAGGCCUAUGACGUCUUCAAGGCAGCUGAAUAUCUCCAGAUGCAGGAAGCCAUCAAAGCGCUGAACAAUAAGAUAAUUGAGAAUCCCUCAGUGAUGGCAAAGAGCAAAGGUAAAAAGAGGAAGAUUGCAGAGACAUCAAAUGUGAUUACAGAAACCCUGCCCUCGGUGGAAGGGGAACAGGUGGAGAUUGAGGUGAUCGGGGAAGGUGCCAUUGAAGUGGAGGACUCGGGUUUAGAAGAGGUGGUCGAUGCAGCAAAGAAUGCCCAGGCGGCAUCCGAUGACUCUGCUUUGGCUCUUCUUGCUGACAUAACUAGCAAAUAUCAGCAAGAGGAACCUACGCUACAGGUGAUCAAGAAGGGAGGAAUUGAAGAAGAGGAAAUUGUGUAUCAGGAGGAAACGGUGACUGCCUCCAAGGUGCUGGAGAACGUUGAGAUCGUAGAGGUCCAGAUUUCUCAAGUGGACAACUUAUUCCGCUGCAACAAGUGUGACCGUAGCUUCAAGUUGUACUACCACCUCAAACAGCACCUAAAAACACACCAGGGCUCUCUGGAAAAGCCAUAUGUGUGCAACCACUGCGGUAGAGCCUACACGCGGGAGGGCGCCUUGAAGUAUCACAUCACAACAUUUCAUUUUGACGCAGAGGAGCUGUCUCGAAACCAAAAACCCCAAAAGAAAGUGCACGUUUGUGAAUACUGUAAGAAGCACUUUGACCACUUCGGCCACUUUAAGGAACACUUGCGGAAGCACACAGGGGAAAAACCUUAUGAGUGUCCAGAUUGCCAUGAGCGUUUUGCAAGGAACAGCACUCUGAAGUGCCAUAUGGCAGCCUGUCAGAACGGGGCAGGAGCCAAAAAAGGACGCAAGAAACUCUAUGAAUGCCAGGUCUGCAGCAGCGUGUUCAACAGCUGGGACCAGUUCAAAGACCAUCUAGUGAGCCACACAGGAGACAAGCCCAACCACUGCACCAUGUGUGACAUGUGGUUCACACACCCUAAAGAGCUAAAGACCCACCUCAAAGACAUCCAUUCCAUUGAGGACAGUGGGUCAACUGAAGAACUGGUCAUUACCGACUCUGCUGCCGACCUCGCAAUGGCAACGCAGAGCAUAGAAGGAACUGAAACGGUCUUAUUGGAUGACGGAAUUCAGGUUGAACACGUCACAGUGGAGCCCGUGGAUGUGAUGGAGAUGGACGAGACGGCAACCGUCGUGGUGGAGGACGGAGGGGUGACGGAGAUGUGCGAGGAGGACAUGGAGAGAUUGAAGCAGGCUGGGGUGCAGAUCCAGGUUGUGCACGUGACCACAACUGAAGUCGAUGGGCAGCAGGUGGUGAACUCUCAGGUGGAAGUAGAGAUGGACGGGGAGAUGGUGAACGUUGAGGAGGUAGAACAAGCUGUGGUUGUAUGAGAAUGUGAAAAUUACUUUCUUAAAUGACUAUCGGGACACGUUCAGUCGUGGAGCGGCUGCAUCAUGCCGCGGCUGACAUCUUAGUUUCCAUACAGAACACUGCAUGUGGGAUCCAGCAUGUCACCUCGAUAUGUUCUGCUGUCGGCCUACACGUUGAACAACUCUGUUGCUGACAACAACUUUGAACUUGGAGUGAUGGACAGAGAUAUAUAGCUUCCUGCUCACUAUGCUGUAUUUAUGUUAAAGCUGUUUGCCAUCCUAUCCCAUAAUGUGGAUGACUCUUCAGUGCUUCAUCAAUCUAUUUUCAUGUGGGGUUUUUUUUUAUUGUCUUUAUAUUACCUCAGAUUUAUAUUUUGUUCUUUUAAUUUGGGUCACUUGCCAAUACAGUUUGACAAUGAAUGAAAUGUUCCUGUUGCAGCUCAUAACAGGUGUUGUGUGAUGCUGAUGCUCCUCAGCACUAAUGCUUCAGAUUUGUUUAAGCUUGUUUUCAUGGAUUUUUUUUGUAGGAAUUAAAAUUGGUUUCCAGAACAGA